AUAUGACGCCACCGCGAAAUCUCUCUCUAUUUGUGCCUGCGGGUAUCAGAGACAUUGGGCGGCCAACAACAAAUAUACGCCCUAUUUCGUAUUUGUUUGGUAUCGCAGCGUAUAAACACUGAGGAGAGGGGAAGAAUAUCUUGCUGCUCUCUCGUUUUCAGGCGGUGAAGAUGUCGACACCGGCGAGGAAGCGAUUAAUGAGGGAUUUCAAGCGGUUACAGCAGGACCCUCCGGCUGGCAUCAGCGGUGCGCCAUAUGAUAACAAUAUUAUGCUCUGGAAUGCCGUUAUAUUUGGUCCAGAUGAUACUCCUUGGGAUGGAGGCACGUUUAAGUUGACACUUCAAUUCACGGAAGAUUAUCCAAAUAAGCCCCCGACAGUGAGAUUCAUUUCAAGAAUGUUCCAUCCCAACAUUUAUGCAGAUGGAAGUAUUUGCUUGGAUAUUUUGCAAAAUCAGUGGAGUCCAAUAUAUGAUGUAGCUGCUAUACUUACAUCUAUUCAGUCACUGCUCUGUGAUCCAAAUCCAAAUUCACCAGCAAACUCUGAGGCUGCAAGACUGUUCAGUGAGAACAAACGUGAGUACAACAGGAAGGUGCGCGAAAUUGUUGAGCAGAGUUGGACAGCAGACUAGCCUUUACAUCUACAGGUUGCAUAACAGGAGAUGACGGUUGAUGUGCGGACUUUGCGAGAUCCUUUCUCCUGGUUGAUGGUUUCUGUUUGUCUGAAAUGUUUACUCGCCUAAAUUGGUACAUUAGUGACUCUUGUAGUUGGCAGAACAUUGUUAUGAAUGUCUUUCAUGCUUAUGUUCAGGGACAUUGAAAUGUCUUUAUCUUGAUAUUUUCUGAUGGUCCGGUGGCGUAUGUACAUAAACAUAUCUUGUACUGGAUUGCAUUAUUGUAUGAAAUUAUAAGUUUACCCUUUAA